ACCUCUUUCUUAGCUCCCUGGAGAUGACCGUGUCCCUUCGGGUACGGUGACCUUAACUCCGCCGCCCAAGCCGUCGGGUUCCCUCACGGUACGCCCCAUCUUCUAUCUGCCGCAUCGGGCCGCCGCCCCCGUCCCCAUGUACUGCGGCUACGCUUGCGCCACCCUCGCCCUGAGGGCAAAACCGUCCCUUUCCCACUCCCAUCGCCUCUCCCUCCUCGACGACGGAGGCGGCGACGAACUCUUCCUCCGUGGGCUCUCCAUAAACCCUAGGUUCCUGCUCUAUGGCUACUACUUGAGGCAGUCCAGUUUGAUCUACUGGUCGCCUCUGAGAACCUUCCUUGCCGGCCAUGGCGGGAACCACUGCUGCCGGGUGAGCCUCCGCGACGAGGAGCCGUGCGCUCCCAGGAUGUCAGCGAAGCGAGGAGGAUGCACGAAUUGUUGUUGCUGUCGGAGCUCCCAACGGAGGUUUCAAAUGAUCGUGGAGUGCUGCUGUAGAGAAAGCUUCGGCAGCAGGAUGAGGGAAAAUGACGCGGAUCACGAUGAAUUUGACCAUCCGAGGAGGUAUGCGAAGAGGGAGUUUGAAAUUAGGUCGGAUGCUGACGGAACGGUGCGAUCGUUGAGAGCGAGGAGAGAUGGAUCGAGCUCAGUUUGCCCCUCGUGUGGGCAUGAGAAUGGGGCGAGCUGGGGGAGAAAGGUUGGUCGUGAAACAUCACGGAGUUCUACUGACAAGAAGGGUUAUGUUGGCAAGAAAGCCAAUGCUGGGGUGAGAAAGGUUCGAGAAGUGUGGAACGUGGAGGAUGAUGUUGACUAUGAUUCAAGUGAAGAAUCAGAUUAUACGGAGAGGGAUUAUAAUUUGAGGGCCUCAACCUCGGGGAAGGUCUCUAGUAGGAAAACCAAGGGUAGAGAGACCAAAUUAAUUGCUUCAUCUCAUCGAGAAAAAGAGUAUCACCAUUUGGAAGAUGAAGACGAGGUCAAGAAUAGACUGUCGUGGGAAGGAUCUCAAAAGUUUACAAGAAUUUCUGAGAUGGACAACAAUGUGGAUGUGGCUUCCGGUUCAAAGAACAUGGCUGAUCUAAAGGUGGACAUGGACAAGCGUUGCACUUCAUCAGUGAAGCAGCAAGGUGAAGUAGACCAGCAAGUGGUUAAGCGAGAUAAACAGGAACUCAACAAAAGAAUCCAAAGAGGUGCUUCAUGGAGUGUUUCAGCUCACGGUAGGAGUGGUGAAGAUUACCAUCAAAGGAAAAACAUUGUGGGGUUGCAGUCCAGGGAAGGAUCACAGACAUUUGUUACAGUAUCUGAUGUACAUGGGGAUGAUACACUGAUGGCAUCCAGAUCUAAGAACUUUGUUGACAAAAGCAAGGUUGGUAUGGUGGAAAGUUCAUCAUCUACACUGAAGCAGCAGGGCCAAGUAGACAAAAGAGUGGUUAGACAAGCUGAAUUGAGAACUGAUGGCAGUGACGGAUAUGUUCAUAAUGAGGAUCAGGUUGCUACGCAAAGGGAAUCUAGGGAAGGAUCCCAAAAAAUUGUUAGGAUAUCUGAGGUACAUGAGAACAAUGCUGAGAGGAUCUCCAGUGUGGAGAACGUUCAUGACACUGGGAGGAUGGACAAGGAACACUCUUCUACGUCAACCCUGAAGCAGCAUGCUGCAGUAGAUCAGCUAGCAUUUCAAAGCCAUGGAUCGGGAGAACAUUUACAAAAUCUUAGACAGAUGAAAGAGCUUCAUAGUAGCAACUUCCAGUUGGGCUCAAACAUAGAAAGGCGACAUGAGGAAGUGCUGGUGAAAAACAGAGAUGAUAAAUUAGUUUCAGUUCACAUGGCGAGAGAUAAGAAAGGCCAAGUUGACCAAAAGAUUAUCGACAAAAAGACACACGGUGAGCAGUUUGAAAAUUUUCUUGAUGUUUCUAGACUUCAACAAUGUGGGACCGACAAUGCCAGCAGCUCUCAUGGCCUUCUGCAAUCGAGAGUGGAUGAUGAAAACUGUUCUAUGUCAACUGUGAGUUUGGUCCAUCAAGUGGGGAAGCACCAAAACCAGUCAGAAAACCAAUGUACUCAUCAAUCCAGUCUAAGAAGAGAAUCUGGAAAGAACACGAAUGCUUCCGAGUUGUCAAAAAAAGAUAGUGGAAGGAUGUCCACUGCCCAAGUCAUAUACAGAACACACAUGCAAAAUGAGAUUGAUGAUCGUCGAUAUAGUUCAAAAAGAGAGUCAAAACAGGAUUUUGGAAUAUCUGAGUACUCAGCGACUGACAUCCAAAGGGAUUCUGAUUCACAGGAGACAUCUAAUAUGGGAGUAAGAAACCAACUUGAGAGUUCUUCGUUGUUGUUGGUGCAGGAUGAGCAGAAGAGACAUUCACAGCAAACGAAUCAAGAAAUCACUUCCGCUAGAGAUCUGGACAGUGGUUCCAGCUCUCUCUAUACACACAUACAGCAGCCAAAUGACCAUACUAGUCAAGAUGAGAUGUAUUUAGUCAAAAGUGAUGCACUGGAUUCUGCUGGUAGAUUAGAGAGUUCUUCUGCUGUGUUUGUUGAUGAGUUUGUAGACAAGCUAAGGCAGGAGACAUCAAGCUAUAAGAUGUCUUCUGGAACUCAGACAGAAGGAACACGAAGUAAAGACAGUCAAGCAACUACGUCCAUUCAGUCAUGUAGGCUUGAUGCUACAACAAAAGACGAGGAAGAUAAAUAUAAACAAGAAGGUUCAAGGAGAUCUUCAUCUAGAUAUGGAACAGGAGGGCCAUCUGAUGAGAUGUGGAAUGUUAGAAGUCCAACUUCUCAGGAAUAUAAUAGGACAGAAGAACCUGGAGUAGAUGGUUUAUCUGCCAGAGUUGCAGAUUCUACAAACACUGCCCCAACUCUAGAAAGUACUGUUGCUCGAAGAUCCUCCAAGUCCUUGUGGGCUCACAUAGCAGACAUAAUACGAAUGGGUUGGGCUAAUCGUGCUGAAUCUCAUACUUCAAUGCAAAAAUCAGGCAAGAGAAGCUCCUCUGAAGGCAGUGAGGCUUGGUUUUCUGGUCAAGAUGCCAGUGAUGAUGAGAACAAUGUGAAUGGAAGAAGCAGUGCUUUAAAACAGUUAUUGCCAGUUGGAGACCCUACUGAUCAAGUCCAUGAGACACAUUCUAGUAUUUCUCAAGGAAGUUUAAAAGCGCUGGAUGUUAUAGCCAUGCAGUUGGGAAGCAGUGCAUCUUCCUCGUUGGGAAUCAAAGGAGAUUAUACAUCCACCAGUGCUUCCACUGAUUUGAGACCAGAAGAGGUAACAUUGAUUGAGAAUGAAAAGGGAACAGAAGGUCUACCUUCUAGUGCAAUAGCAGUUGACCAAUCACUGACUGGUGUUGCACCUUCAGUUACCAUCGAUGAAGGUAUAGCUUACACAGGAAAUCUUGCAAUACCUGUAUCUGGCUACAUGAAAUUGGAAGAAGAUACCAUAAGAAAGGAGCCAACUGAAGCUGACAAGACUGCAGGGAUGGAUGGGGAAUUGAAAAAUAGGAAACUUCAAAGGAAUAAACAAGUAUUAAGAGAAACAUUUGAAGAGUGGGAAGAAGCAUAUAGGCUUGAAAGUGAACAGAGAAAAACAGAUGAGUUUUUUAUGAGGGAAGCUCUGGUGGAAGCUCAGAAAGCUGCAGACAUCUGGGAGGUACCAGUUGGGGCUGUAUUAGUACAGAAUGGAAAGAUAAUUGCUCGUGGCUACAAUCUAGUGGAAGAAACAAGAGAUGCAACUGCACAUGCUGAAAUGAUUUGUAUACGUGAAGCAUCUAAUCUUCUUCGGACCUGGCGCCUUGCUGAAACAACGCUUUAUGUGACGCUUGAACCUUGUCCCAUGUGUGCUGGAGCAAUCCUCCAGGCUAGAAUUGAUACUGUAGUAUGGGGUGCUCCCAACAAGCUACUAGGAGCUGAUGGCAGCUGGGUGAGGCUAUUUCCUGGUGAUAAUGGAGUAAGCAAUAGCUCCGAUCCAUCAAACCAAAAGGCAGGUCCUGUUCACCCCUUCCACCCAGAUAUAAGAAUAAGGCGUGGGGUCCUAACGACCGAGUGCUCAGAAGUCCUGCAACAGUUCUUCCAACUCAGAAGGAAGAAGAAGAAGCAAGACUCACCUCCACAAUCAUGUCUGCCGGUACCAAACCGCCCAACGAAGUUGUUUGCCAAGAUGCAUAACAUCUUCUCCAUAAUGUUUCGCUUGUAGCAUAUUUCUUAUCAACAAGUCUCCUGUGUUUGUACAAUAUACUCCUGCAGAAGAGAGCUUCGAUGCAUAUGAAAUGGUUUUUCUUGUCGAGAAGUUGGUUGUGCUUGUACAAUAUAAUCCUGCAGAAAGAGAGCUUUGUUUCGAUGCUCUCCUCGGGUUAUCACAGCUUGGUGACCGAAAACUUGUAUCUCAUGCAUGCAUUUGUAAAAAUGUAAUCUGUACUCCUCUUGUUUAGUAAUACAACACAGGUGAA